GCAGGGCCAACAGGGCCGCCCGGAGCCCCAGGCAUAGAGGGCAAGAGGGGUCGCCGUGGGAAACCAGGAGAUCCAGGGACCCCGGGACCACCUGGUCUCCCAGGACACUCUGAAGGAGCAGCGAUUAAGGGCGACAAAGGAGACACCGGCUCCUCGGGAGAAACCGGAGAAAAAGGCGACAGAGGAGAUCCAGGUCCACCAGGAGAAGCAGGAGCCAGUGGGAUAAAAGGAGAAAAGGGCGAAGUCGGACCCAGAGGACCUCCAGGACCUGUGAUGACGGCACAUGGCUUGCGACACCUCUCUGGGCCUGGUGAAGCAGGAGAGAAGGGACAGAAGGGGGAAAAAGGAGAACAGGGAGAAAGAGGCAUUCAAGGACCGCAAGGCCUAAAGGGGGUAAAGGGAAGUGUUGGACUACCAGGUCUAAAGGGCGAGCCAGGCUCAGAGGGUAAAGAGGGCCUGCCAGGCUCCACUGGACCCCAAGGGAUUCCAGGCAAACUGGGAGCUGCUGGGGAACCUGGAGAGCCUGGACAGGAUGGACUUAAAGGAGAGAAGGGUGACUCUGGUGGAGCGAUGGGUCCUCCCGGACCUCCGGGACCCAAGGGAGAGCCUGGAACGCCAGGACUUGGGACACUGGGGGAAGGAGUAUCGGGGCCAAGAGGAUCUCGAGGCCCAAAGGGGGAGCGAGGAGUGCCCGGCGUAGCAGGAGAGCCAGGGGAGAAAGGCGAGCCAGGGAUCAGACUGCCUGGGCCUCCUGGCCCAAUGGGACCCAAGGGUCGGCAAGGAAUCCAGGGCCCCCAAGGACCCUCUGGGCCACCAGGUCCCCCAGGACAGCCGGGCAAUGAGGGCCCCCCAGGCAGAGAGGGUAGGCCUGGCCCCCCGGGACCCCCCGGAGAACCGACUGCACUACCAAUUGUGCGCGAUAUGGGCACCUUACUCAAGAAUGCCUGCAGCGUGUGCCAGGCAAGGAUGCCAGGCCUGCCGGGGCAGAAGGGCGAGAAGGGCUCCCCAGGACUGCCCGGCGCCGAGGGCAUGGAGGGACAGAAGGGAGAGCAAGGUCUGCGAGGCCCUGUGGGAAACCCUGGGAAAGAGGGACCAAAGGGAGUUAAAGGAGAAAGAGGAUUCCCUGGUUCUGCUGGAGAGAAAGGAGAUGAGGGCCCCCCUGGCGUACCCGGAUUCCCAGGUGCAACAGGUCGUACUGGAGCUCCGGGCAUGAUGGGAAGACCUGGACCCAUGGGGCAUCCCGGACCUAAAGGCGAAAGAGGUAGCGAAGGCCCACCUGGAAGACCAGGCUUACCUGGACCUCCUGGUGUUCCCUACACUGAAGGAAAUGGCAUGAGUAGCUUGUAUAAGCUACAGGCCGGCGGCGCCACGGUGGGAUACCCCGGACCUCCUGGUCCUCCCGGGCCCAAAGGAGAUGAGGGAAGACCUGGUGAACCAGGGCCCAUGGGUUUGCCAGGACUGGAGGGACUGCCCGGUGCCAAGGGAGACCCAGGCUUGCCCGGCAGCCCAGGAAUACCUGGUCCACCUGGGAAGCCGGGUGUUCCCGGAAAGGCAGGAAUCCCAGGGGAGCCAGGAGAGCGAGGCCCUGUGGGGGAGACAGGAUUCCCUGGUCCUGAGGGACCGCCUGGUGCUCCCGGAAGAUCUGGAAAGGAUGGAAUCCCUGGAUAUGAGGGAGCAACAGGUAGACCUGGAGACCGAGGGUCCAAAGGGGAACGUGGGGACCCCGGGAUUCCGGGAGAAAGGGGAGUUCAAGGAGAGAGGGGAAGACAAGGGGAAAAGGGAAACCUCGGGCCAAAGGGACCAACUGGACCCCCAGGACCCAGGGGAGAUCCUGGCCCCCCAGGGACCAAAGGUUCUGCAGGCCUACUGAACGAUGCCGAAGCCAUGGAGGAAAUCAAAAGGUUUAUCCAAAAAGAAGUUUUACGAGUAUUUGAAGAGCGGCUGUCUAGUCAAGCCCUGCAGGCCAAGACGCCAGCAGCCAUCCUGGCAGCUCAGUUCCGUCAAGGGCCUCCUGGCCCCCCAGGCAAUGACGGCUCACCGGGGCCUCCCGGAGAACCUGGUCCUCCAGGCCCUCAAGUUGUCCAUGACAUCAGGGAGCUCAGCACUCUUCUUAUUGACCCCAGUGUGUUCUGA